UGGCUAUCUUCACACAAGUGUCCUGUUUGGAGGAUGCUGCAGCCAAAUGCACUGCGGUAAAAAAAAAUUAGCGUCAGACAGGGAGCCAGAAGUCUGUAUUAUUCGCAAUGCAAUCCUGGGAGAAACAUAUAUUCUAGGCCUACAAGUCCAGGGUCAUUUGAUGGGUGGAAUAAUUUUUUGCCACUCAAAUGGAUCAACAAUAAUAAUAAUCAAUCAGAAGGAAAAGAUAGCCUAAAUUUUCCCCCGGAGAAAGGACAAAUCGGCAUAAGGAGGCAAUUUUGUUCAGAAAGGACAACGUGAGGACAGUAAAAUGUGAGACAACGCAAAUGAUGAUUAUUUAAACUAAAUAGCGCAAUAACACAUUUACCGUGUUCCUAAAAAAUUAAAUAUAAUCGGUAUGUUGCUUAUGUAGCCUAGGCCUUCUUUCUUCUGGCAUGCAAUUAAUUUUUAAUUUAGCCUAUACAGUGGCUUGCGAUUUUACAGUAGCCUAUUUAAACCAAAGGCCUAAAAUGUCGACAGAUUCUUCCAAUAAGCGUCAUAUAUAACCGUGUCAAUGUCAUUUAGAACUAGGCCUACUAUUCGAAUAGAAUAUCCGACUACAGUUGAUAUAAAUAGCCUGUAAAGAUAAUAAUAGAUUAGAGUAUUUGAUAUUAAGACUUCAGGGAACUGAUAAUCCCAGGCCAGGGUGUAGAUUUGUAAACACUGUGUCAACAAAGAUCUGUAACAAUAGAAAAAACUGACCAUAAUCAUAGUUAUAGUUUAGGCAUGUGUAGGCUCUUUUGUAACAGCAGUAAUCAGAUCAAUGUUGCAUUGAACAUUGUAACCUAUGUUUAACUUGUGGAUUCAAGCCAAGGAAGUGAAGCACUUUUAUUUGCUAGAUUUAAAUGUUUAAAAAAAAGUUUAUAUUGGCUGCAGUCAUCUUUUUAAGGGAGGCUUUUAAAUAGGCCUACUGUAUAUUAGAUUGUCACUCUUAGCCUGUAUUGGGUAUUCUGUUUGUUCUCUAGAAAGUCUCUCCGUGGCCUGUUGGCCUUAUAUUUGCACUUUAUUGAAUUGAAAUAAUCAAGCGGCAGAGUUUUCCUAAAACACAUUCAUUGUAAACAAAUAUUAAUGGUAAAACUUGCAUGUCCUGCAUGAAAAAAGCAUUUGAGAACAGUAGCCUAUGUAACAAUGUCAAUUCAUUAAUGCAAUAGUCUUUAAAUAAGAAGAUUGUUUCCAUUUAAAGAGAAGCGCAUGGCACUAAGAGCAUGGCACAACGAGCAUGGCGCCUUCAACACCAAGAUUGUGGGUUCUAUUCCCAGGACCACCCGUCAUUUCGGAGGAAGCAACUUCAGUCCCUACCAUUUCUUACUUUGCUCAAACAAAGUCUUUCUGGAUAACAUCUCAAAGGAAUAUCUUACUCUCGAGUGUUCAAAGAGACUGUUGGGAUAUUUUUUGAUACCUUUUGAGGCUUCGCAGCCCUAGGAUUUGUACUAGCAUUGAUACAUUACACCCGAGGACAUGUCUACUAUGCGGCUGCUGCUCCUGUCUCUGCUUUGUGCCCUCUUUGUGUCCCUGUGCCAUGGGGCCUGUUCAGAGGUGGACUCGGACACUGAGGCCGUUGCAGGCAAAGGGUUCAAACUGGGCUGCAUCUCCUGUAAGAUGAGGCCCGAGGUGGAGGCUUCUGCCACAGUCGACUGGUAUUUCAAGGCCAAAGGGGAAGCUGACUAUGCACAUAUAUAUAAUUACGAUGAGGAGGGCCCCCACAUUGUGGAUGAGCGCUUCGAGGAGCGCGUGGACUGGAGCGGCAGUAAGCAGAGCCAAGACAUACAGGAUGCGUCCAUCUACCUCUUCAAUGUCACCUUCAAUGACUCGGGCACCUACCGUUGCUUCUUCCACCGGCUCCUGACGUACGAGUUCUACGAAUACCCGACCGUUGUCAGCAAGCUUGUGCACCUGAAAGUGGUGGCUAAAGCCACCAGAGGGACGGCCUCCAUAGUCUCUGAGGUGAUGAUGUACGUGUCCAUCAUCGGGCUACAGGCUUGGCUCUACAUAGAGAUGGUAUACUGCUUCAGAAAGAUCUCAGCUGCAGGAGAGGAAGCAUUACGAGAAAGCGCGAAUGCAGAAUAUUUAGCUAUAGCCUCGGAGAGUAAAGAUAACUGUGCAGGAGUGCAAGUGGCAGAAUGAAACAGGUGUAUCAUGAACAAAAACUGUUAUCAGCAAGUGAAAGGAUAAGAAAACUCAAAGCAUAAACAAUGUAAAUGCAGUACAGCACAUAGUAGCCUACAAAAUUCAAGUAUCGGAGUGAUAUUUGCAAUGGGCACAGCCAACAAUGUAUGUGAUGGAUUCGACUUCCACUUUAUAUCCCUACUGCAGCGUGCUGGUGGCAAACUUUCCAGAGUAAAUUAUUUGAAAGAGUCAAUUUAUAGAGUAUUAAAGUCAAGUAAACAGUUAAGUAAGUGUAAGUGUAUAAGUAUAAUUUUAUUUCAUUUCAUUCAAGCUCGCUAAUGUCAGCUAGACCUUCUAGUAGGCUGGUUCUGUUGUGGUAGAGUUAACUAGCCUGGGCCAUCCACCAAGCCAAUAACUCUAAUGUUGACUACAGUGAAAAACUAUUGGCUACAUAGCUAUAAAACAUUGGUGAGCUUCCAUCCGGGAGGAAAGUUGAUCGUUUAUCAUUCUACAGUCCUACAUCUGUCAAUCAACUGAUCAAAGCAUCCUACUGCAGGCUGCCUGUUAAUAAGGUGGUAACACAAGACCAUUCGUGAGGUCUCUAACUCACAGAUAGGCUACUUCAAUGUACAUGUAGGUCCAGGGAAAAAUUAUAUAGUAUCGAAAUGUAGCAAUUCAACAACAAAUGCCAUUUAGCCUGCACAUAUUGUACUGCAUGCCAUUGCCUCUUUGCUCAAGUGGUUUGCAAGUGAUUUCCAUUUUUCGAAUGGCUGUCAAUUCCUUUGGGUGUUCUUUUUCACUGUGCUCAUCUCUGUAUGUUCUGUGCAACAAUGUUAUCAUAACUGGCCUAAAGUCAUCACACCAAUGCACUUUCCCUCAACUUUCCUCGACAUGCAUUUUCUAUGCUGUUGUAGGCCUGUUUUACAUUCAGCAAUUAGCAGGAGCAAGCCUGCUUUUCCCCCCAAAUAGGCUAUUAGGGCUAAUAUAAAAAAAUCCUCAAAAUAAAUAUCUAUAGCUUUUGUAGACUAUAACUUUCGAUGGGAUUUUACACGAAGAGGAAAUGGCCUAUUUCGGAGAGGCUUGCGGCAUAUAGCCUGUUGCGCACGGGAACAACUGGAAGAGAGGCUAUUGAUGUUUAGCCGGAAUAAGAAGCUAAAUAUUAGCUAGAUAUUAGGCCAUUCACUAGCUAAAUAUUAAACUACAGGCUAAAUAGUUACCUGUCAACGUGCGAGAAAAAUAAAUGAACAGAUUAUGAUAUGACAGAUCUGUAGUGCGUUCCUGCAGGCAAUUAUACCUGGCCUACAACAACACAGUGCAAUGAGGAAUUAAUUAUUGUUAUCCAGUGAAUACGCAAUAAUUGCCCGUAGGCUGUAAACUGCAGUGAUGUAGGCUAAUUUGAAUAACCGCUCACAUAUGCCGAAAUAACUGCAUAGGUCAACAGCGUAGGCCUGAUUAUACAACCAUUUGGAUCAAUUUUGGUCUAUCCUCAACAGUGUAUAAGGUCCCGAAAGAUACAUUAGCAAGCCACUCAUAUGGGGUAGGACUAUUUUGUCAGGAUGUAGCCCAGUGUUAAGAUAGGCCUAGGCAUACUAUAAGAAAAUAGGGACUUCUCCUUUCCAACUCCCCGCCCGUUAAUGCUGUAGCAUAUUUUACAUUCAGCAAGCAAGAGCAAGCAUGCAUCUCUCCUCCAAUAGGUUAUUAGUAGGUGAAUGAAAAUAAGUUGAAACAAGUGUCCAACAAGCUUUUGGCUUUUACUGGGACUCCACAAAAUGUAAAAGGAAUAGCCGUGGCAGCGGAGAGGCCAGAUGCAUAAUUUCGCGACAGAACAAUGAAGACAGACAAGCUCGACAUGUAAAAUAUAGCCUAAGUUAGAAGCGUAUGCAUAUUCGACCACAAUUCAUAAACCCAAUGUUAGGCUUAAUACUGCAGUGCAUAUAUCCAGUCAAAGGAAGAAAAAAAGUGUAUAAUUAAAAUAAAGCAUAGGUAGUUUACAUUAUGUGCUCGCUCCCUCCCAGUCCCCAGGUACGAUGCUCGUCUCCAGGUACGAUGCUCGUCUCCAGGUACGAUGCUCGAAAACAUGCUCUAUUGUUUCAUGUUUUUUAGGGACAAGCAAUGUAUCCUACAUAGGCUACAACAACACAAUGUAAUGAAGAAUGUUAGUGUUUUCAAGUGAGUGCAAACUCUAGUCUAGGCUGUAAACGGCAGUGAAUAGGCUGCCAUUUGAAUAACCGCUCAAAACCUGUCAUUUAGAAUGCAUAUUCAUUUUGAAAUAGGUUGCCUGAUUGGCAACCAUUUGGAUCAGUUCUGUUUUUUACCAAGGCAGUUUAGCCUACAAAGUCCAGGCACAUUAGCAGGACAGUAAUAUGGUGUAUUUUGUCAUUAUGUAUCAGCUAACAGAAACCUACCUUUAAAUGCAGGGAUUUCUAGUGGUGCACAUAUGAAUUAAAAUGCGUGAGCAUGGAGGAAGUUGUAUCCAUAGUUUCUGCAUUUGGCUACUGUGUUUUAAAAGUGUUCGAAAAUGAGGUGGAUAUCGGUCAGCUAAUACACACUACUUUUGUGAGAAAAAUAAACUUUUUUUUUUUACAUUUCUUUUUUUUAUUAUGUUUUUUUCAGGGGUGCUGCACCCCUACUUCCCGCAGCUAUGCCUGCACCUCUGUAUGCAUUACACACACAAGCAUGUUUCUAAUUCAACUAAUUAAUCAUUGUGUAUCCUGCAUCAAGGUAUUUUUUUGGGUUGUAAUGAUCGGUCUCUAAAGUGUAUGUACAUUUAUAUUAAGAGGUAUUGUGAGAUAAUUCAUCUGAUUGAAUGGCUAUUAAGAUAACUUUAUCACACACUGUAUUUCAUUUUCCCCCCCAAUGACUUGGGUGCAAUUUUCACAAGUAUGUGGUACAUUUUCACAACUCUAAUCACAAAAAUCAUGUUUCAAAACUCUAAGCACAUUUCCAAUUGACUGAGUACAACAAACAAAUUCAAAGUCACUAGUUCACUGCACCAAAUCACUCUUUCAAUUUGUAUACAUAUUCAAUCUAAGUAACCCUUUUUCAAAAUGCAAUAUUCACUUUGCUGUUGAUAUGAUUUUCUUGUCAUUUGUUAACAACACAAUAACUACCACUUAAUCAUACUGCUCAAAACUGAUAAAUAAUUAACCACAAUUAUGUAGUGCCUAGUUAACGUAUGUAGUUUGAUAACUGCUGAACACUGAAAAAUUAUAUAUAACAUUUAUCAAUUUGACCUCAAUUUAUGGUGGAAGGUAAACCAAAUCAUCUAUGGAUAUAGCUGUAAAUACUACAUCAUAAUUUUUCCAUCAGCCAGUGUGCUUCAAUAGGACAAAAUCGAAGAGUCACUAGAUGUACACCACCGUUCAAAAGUUUGGAGUCACUUAGAAAUGUCCUUGUUUUUGAAAGAAAAGCAUUUUUUUUUUUGUCCAAUAAAAUAUCAAAUUGAUCAGAAAUACAGUGUAGACAUUGUUAAUGUUGUUAAUGACUAUUGUAGCUGGAAACGACAGAUUUUUUUAUGGAAUAUCUACAUAGGCGUACAGAGGCCCAUUAUCAGCAACCAUCACUCCUGUGUUCCAAUGGCACGUUGUGUUAGCUAAUCCAAGUGUAUCAUUUUAAAAGGCUAAUUGAUCAUUAGAAAACCCAUUUGCAACUAUGUUAGCACAGCUGAAAACUGUUGUUCUGAUUAAAGAAGCAAUAAAACUGGCCUUCUUUAGACUAGUUGAGUAUCUGGAGCAUCAGCAUUUGUUGGUUCGAUUACAGGCUUUGACAAGUUUGACAAGUCCCGUAGAAAAGGUGAUCCUGCGCAAUGUUGCAUGGGGCAGUGCUAUGUUUUUACAACAGCCAACUGCUUUACAAUACCCCUAUUUCUGAUGAUUUGUCCUACGUACAUUAUCUAUACAAAAGUAUGUGGACACCCCUUCAAAUUAGUGGAUUCGGACAUUUCAGCCACACCCUAUGCUGUCAGGUGUAUACAAAUCGAGCACACAGCCAUGAAAUCGCCAUAGACAAAUAUUGGCAGUAGAAUAGCCUUACUGAAGCUCACAGAAUGGGACCAGCGAGUGCUGAAGCGCGUAGUGCGUAGAAAUCGUCUGUCCUCGUUUGCAACACUCAGUAUCAAGUUCCAAACUGCAUCUUGAAGCAACGUCAGCACAAUAACUGUUUGUCGGGAGCUUCAUGAAAAGGUUUUCCAUGGCUAAACAGCCACACGCAAGCCUAAGAUCACCAUGCGCAAUGCCAAGCGUUGGCUGGAGUGGUGUAAAGCUUGCCGCCAUUGGACUCUGGAGCAGUGGAAAAACGUUCUCUGGAGUGAUGAAUCACGCCUCACCAUCUGGCAGUCCGACGGACUAAUCUGGGUUUGGUGGAUACCAGGAGAACGCUGCCUGCUCCAAUACAUAGUGCCAACUGUAAAGUUUGGUGGAGGAGGAAUAAUGGUCUGGGGCUGUUUUUCAUGGUUCGGGCUAGGCCCAUAGUUCCAGUGAAGGGAAAUCGUAACGCUACAGCAUGCAAUGCCAUUCAAGAGCAUUCUAUUCUUCAAACUUUGUGGCAACAGUUUGGGGAAGGCCAUUUCCUGUUUUAGCAUGACAAUGCCCCUGUGCACAAAGCGAGGUCCAUACAGAAAAUGGUUUGUUGAGAUCGGUGUGGAAGAACUUCACUGACCUGCACAGAGCCCUGACCUCAACCCCAUCGAACAUCUUUUGGAUGAAUUGGAACGCUGACUGCGAGCCAGGCCUGACUGCGAGUCAGUUGCCAGACCUCACUAGUGGAGGCUGUUAUAGCAGCAAAGUGGGGACCAACUCCAUAUUAAUGCACAUGAUUUUGCAAUGAGAUGUUUGACGAGCAGGUGUCCACAUACCUUUGGUCAUGUAGUGUAAAAUGUAAAUGUAAUGUAUGUAUUGUAUAAGGGUCAUGAUACUGUAAGACUGACAUAUUCCUCAACAUGCUCACAACCUGCCAUUGGAUCAAAACAUUUAAAAAAUUGUACAUGUCAAGUUAUAGUCAAACUGCAUGGAAAAUCAUAUUUACCAUUUCCCUCUAUUUAUCACCUUAAAAAUAACUGUUUUGACAUUUGUUUCUUGUAUUAUUUGCUAAUGGAUUUAAUGGUAGUUAAAAUGACUAAAUCAUGAGCAUUAUCUGAGGUAUUACUGACUAAACAAGUAUUACUAUUUCAUAGUAUUUCACAGAAAACUUGGAUUUUGCAUGAAUGACUCAGGGGUGAAAGGCCCCAAUGAAUGCACAAUCAAAGGUUCUGAACAUAAGAUAGGGGGUAUUACAUGCGUUGUGAGUUUAGAGUCUUGUACUUGAGUAUGGAAAAUUCGCCACAUGCUUGUGAAAAUAGAACCAAAGCGAUUACAAAAAAUGUAAAUCAAUCCAUCCACUCCAUCUGUUGUAUGUCUUAUAAAUGAUGCACAAUCGUCAUGAAAUGUACUAAACUUCAAAAGGUAUUUCUAAUAUAAUGUGACUAUGUCUUCUUCUCAGUUCAUUUGGUCUUGCUAAAUGUAAAUGCAAUGAAGACAUAGGCUUACAAUGUAAUUAUGUGAUUAUAAUGACAAAUAAAAUCAUACAAUUAAUUAA